GCUUUAAUUUUAAUUUAGUAUUUGUUGUAUAUAUUUAUACUUGCUAUAUUUUAGAUUGUGAAGUUGAAUUGAAAGGAAAUAUAAACAACUUAAAAUAAGUACUAUGACAUAUCCACCAUUUUCAUUAGACAAACAGAGAUAUGACCAGAGUACAUAUUUUGGACGUGUUCAAAGAUGUUUUAGUAUUGUGGAUCCAUCAACACUCUUUGUUAGCUCUAAAAAGUUAACAGAUUCCAUGGCUCUUUUAAAUGACUUUAAUGAAGGAACAUUACCUGCUGGUGUCACAGAUGCACAGUUAUGGAAAGCAAGAAAAAUAAAAGAGGCAAUCAUACAUCCUGAUACUGGAGAAAAAAUAUUGAUGCCAUUUCGCAUGUCUGGAUAUGUCCCGUUUGGUACAGUGUCGGUUAUUGGUAUGCUCAUACCGGGUGCAUCUGUAAAGCAAGUCAUUUUUUGGCAGUGGUUAAACCAAACGCAUAAUGCAUGUGUAAACUAUUCCAACAGAAAUGCAACUAAGCCAACACCCACAGCAAGAUUUGUCAUGAGUUAUGUUGGUGCAGUUACAAGUGCUGUUGGUAUUGCUGUUGGUAUAAGUAUGCUGAUUAGAAAGACAAGCUUGUUGUCAGCUGGUCAGAAAUUAUUAGCAUCAAGAUUUGUGGCUUACCCUGCAACUUCUGCUGCAAAUGUGUGCAAUGUAUACAUGAUGCGUCAAAAUGAACUUCAGGAGGGGGUUGAAGUUGAGGAUGAAAAUGGAAACGUGGUCGGAUCAUCUAAAAUUGCUGCGAGUAAGGCCGUGUAUGAAACAGCUAUAUCCAGAGUGCUUCUACCUGCUCCCAUCUUAAUCUUCCCUCCAUUGAUUAUGGCGUGGUUAGAAAAAACGAAAACGUUUAGAAGAAAACCACGACUUAAUAUGCCCAUCAAUGCUGCAGUGUGCACACUUGCAUUUGGAUUAGCUCUACCUUUCGCUAUUGCAAUGUUUCCGCAAAAAACGAAGAUUGAAGUGUCGAAGCUUGAGGCUGAGAUCUCAUCGAAGACUUCGUCUGGUGUGGUUUAUUUCAACAAGGGUCUGUGAAAUUGUUCAACUUCGAAUGAAGUGAUAAUAAGAAAAAAGAAUCAUUUUAAAGACAGUAGAAGAAGCCACUUUAGAUUAACACAUAUCCGGAAUGGAAAAACAGGGACCGCCCUUUGCUUCUCGUUGACACAGGAAAGGAUUUCUAUUAGGCCUAUAUUUUUCGCGUUUUUUUUUUUUAUUCCUUCUGAAUGUUAAAAACGUGCACAAAAUGGUUUAAUAAUGACCCUCUUCCGUUUUUCAACGAGGUGUUGAAAAUGCAAGUGCGAUAACCUGACUUAACCUUGCUUCCAACGCCUACACAUGUUGUGUAGUAUUUAGCUAAUAAAUAAUACUUUUUUACGUCGUAUACUGUAUAUUGCUCGAUUAAACGCCCACUAUCGAAUAGCGCCCACUUCUUUUGAUAUUUGUUAUAAAUAAGCGCCCUUUUUAAGUACACGCCCCGGGCGAUUAUUCGGAUAUAUUACUAGAGCCAAAGAGAUCGCUUAUUAGAAUAUUUAGAAAUUAGAAAAAAGGGAUAUGUUUUAUACUUGUUACAUAUAUAUCAUUUUUUAUAACUUGCGACCAUUAUUGUUUCCUAAAAAAAAGCUGAAUGGAACACAAUAUUUUUCAAUAAGCGUCCUUCUCGAUUUACUAUCCUUCUCGACUAAGCACCUAACUUAAAGGUCAAAACUUCAAAUAAGCGCCCGGGGCGCUUAGUCGCGUAUUUGUAGUAUUUUGAAAUUGAAUUGUUACUCGUUUAUUUUGUACGCAAUUCGUUGAGGUGUAGAAUAUAGUUUUACGCCCUUUUGUAGUUUGUAAUUAGAAUUGUAGUUACUAUAUGUCAUUUUUUUUUAUAUAGACUCUUUCCUUCA